AUGGAAAAUAAACAAUUGACUCAGUGGGUUGAAUCCACACCUGCAUCAGAAGCUGCAGGUAUCCACGAAGACCCUGAAGACCCCAAGAAACUGGUUACCCUUAACAGGGAGCUGGCCAAUAGAGCAACAGCAACAGAGCAUGAACUAGGAUACUGGGAGGCAUUAAUGAUCUAUAAGAAAGGGGCUUUCUGGUCCAUGUUUAUCUCGCUUUCGAUAAUUAUGCGAGCAUAUGAUAUCGAAAUUUCCGGCAACUUUUAUGCUCUUCCCGCUUUUCAGCAAGCCUUUGGCAAGGAGGUCCCGGGGCAUGGAUAUCAAAUUCCCGCCAGCUGGCAGGUUGGCAUGUCCUUGGGAUCUCUCGUGGGCCAAAUAGUUGGCGCAUAUAUUGUUACUUUUCCAAUGGAAAGAUUUGGUCGCAAGAAGACCUUUGGUGUCUGUCUUGUGCUGACGGGAAUAUUGACUUUUAUGCAAUUCUUUGCAGGAAGCAUCGGGGUUCUCACUGCUUCCCAAUAUCUUUCAGGCAUUGUCUGGGGUAGCUAUUGUGUUAUAGCGACGACAUAUGCCUCCGAAGUCCUACCCCUACGUCUGCGUGGUUUCCUCACUGGUUACAUUAACUUAUGCUAUGUCAUGGGCCAGUUCAUCCAAACUGGCAUUACGAGAGGCUUUAUCAACCGCACAGAUGAGUGGGCAUAUCGAAUUCCAUUUGCCAUUCAGUGGAUUUGGCCGGUUGUGCUUCUUGCCGGCCUUCCAUUUGUACCAGAAUCCCCAUGGUGGCUGAUUCGACAAAAUGACCUAGACGGUGCCGAGCGCUCCUUACGACGAUUGUUCAAACCAACACCCAAAGUCAGCCCGACUGAAGUUCUAUCCAUGAUGGUCAAAACAGACACAUAUGAACACGAAAUUGAAGUUGGUGCCACAUAUUCUGACUGCUGGAGGGGAGCUAAUCGUCGCCGAAUGGAAAUUUGCAUCUUGCUUUUUGUUAUCCAAAACUUCUCAGGCAAUCCAGUCGGGUUCGCGACGUAUUUCUUUGAGCAGAUUGGUUUGAAUAGUGUCCAGGCGUUUGAUAUGGGCGUUGGCCUGAACGGACUAGGCUUUGUGGGCACUCUAUUCUCGGCAAUCCCACUGAUAUAUUUUGGUCGGCGCGGGGUGUACAUCUUUGCUGUUGCGUUCAUGGUUACUAUACUCUUCAUUGUUGCACUGUUGUCCUUUGCGCACGAUUACACAACCAAUUACUCAUACCGCUGGGCACAGGCCACACUUCUUAUUGUCCUGCAGUUCGUCUGGCAAGCGACUCUUGGUCCGUUGACAUAUGUCGUUGUUUGCGAGACUCCGUCAACAAAACUAAGAUCCAAAACAUUGGCGAUUGCAACCUCCAUCGACGCCUUGACAGGUCUCGUAACCAGCGUCAUUGGUCCAUAUUUGCUCAAUCCUGGAGCCGCGAAUGCUGGCGCGAAGAUUGAAUUUUUAUAUGGUGGUAUCUCAAUAUUUUCGUUGAUUUGGUGCAUCUUCCGUCUUCCGGAAACAAAAGGUCGGACCUUUGAGGAGCUGGAUAUUUUAUUCGAAAGAAAAGUUCCCGCUAGGAAAUUUGCGGAGUAUGUUAUUGAAGAUCUCGAUGCGGAGGAGGCCAAGAUUGAGAAAGACAUGAAAUAG